CGGACGAAUGAAUUUGUAUCCGUACGUCACUUCCGUUCCUUCCUCUGGUUUCCAUCGUGCCCCCGCGUGUAUUCACUCCAUGUAUGCAGGUCAGUGCGGACCCGUAAAACACAACUUUUCCAGCACUGUUACAUCCAACUUGGACGAAGCAAGAUGAAAGAGACAAUUAUGAACCAAGAAAAACUUGCCAAACUACAAGCACAAGUCCGCAUUGGUGGAAAGGGUACAGCACGUAGAAAGAAGAAGGUUGUGCACAGGACAGCAACUGCAGACGACAAGAAGCUUCAGUUUUCUUUGAAGAAACUUGGUGUCAACAACAUCUCUGGCAUUGAAGAGGUGAACAUGUUCACAAACCAGGGAACGGUGAUUCACUUCAACAACCCAAAAGUUCAGGCAUCUCUGGCUGCGAACACCUUCACCAUCACAGGGCACGCCGAGACCAAACAGCUGACAGAGAUGCUGCCCAGCAUCCUCAACCAACUGGGGGCCGACAGCCUGACCAGCCUCAGGAGACUUGCGGAGGCCCUGCCAAAGCAGCCCGAUGAUGGAAAGCCAUUAGUUGUUGCUGGCGAAGAUGAUGAUGAUGAAGUUCCAGAUCUUGUUGAGAAUUUUGACGAGGCUUCAAAGGAUGAGGCGAACUAAAUAAAAUCUGGUUCAGAUCUGAAAUGGGGUUCACAGCUCGUCAGUGGGGAUGCACUGUUUUGUAUUUGCCACCUUCCUCCAUGAACGUUUUUUCAAUAUACUCUACGGACGGCCAUUGGGUGUUUGCAGAAUAUCUGAUACACUUUUGGGGAUCCUGCGAUUUUGCUGCUAUUGCUGCAUUGCCAAAUAUAACCCCCAUACAGCCUUACUGAAAUAGGCACAUCUGGAAUAUACGUUUACAUUUGGCAAGUGCGCAUUAAAAAAUUAUCCAAUA